UUAGUCGGUUGCGGUCGAUCGGAGCAGUUGCUGGUCAGUCAGACGGUCAUCCGCGGUGGAUUGCGCGGUCGGAGGGCACGAGUCCGAGUCCGAUUAGCGGAUACUUUUCGGUAAAAGUGCGUGAUAGUGAUUUUCUGGCUUGAUUUGAAGAGAAAUAUAAACAGAGAAGGGUUUUGUGGCGUGGAGGAUGAUGGGGAUAAAAGGUGUCAGGUCACCUGUACUCACCCUAAUAAUAUUAGUGACAGUUUUACACAGCGUUGCCAGUAGACAUAAAAUCAGACACUACAAAGAUCGAUUCAAAAGACAGCAAGGAGCGCAUCUCUAUCUUCCCGGGAGCUAUGUGACAGAAGGAGACCAAGGACCCGAUGCUGGACCUUGGUCAGAGUGGUCAGAACCCAGUCCGUGUUCCAGAACGUGCGGAGGAGGUGUCAGUACGCAGUACCGACAGUGUCAGCAAGGUUACACGUGCCAAGGACCGGAAAGGAGGCAUUUUUCAUGCAACACUCAAGACUGUCCCGACACUGGUGACUUCAGAGCCCAACAAUGCUCAGAAUACGACGAUGUACCAUUCGACAACGUGAAAUACCAGUGGGUACCGUACACAAAAGGUCCAAACCCGUGCGAACUAAACUGCAUGCCCAAAGGGCAAAGGUUUUAUUACAGACACUCGCAGAAAGUUGUCGAUGGUACCAGGUGUAAUGACGAAACGCUGGACGUUUGUGUCAAUGGGGAAUGUCAGAAAGUUGGAUGUGAUAUGAUGUUGGGUUCGGCCCUCAAAGAAGACGACUGUAGGGUUUGUGGUGGAGAUGGCAGCACCUGCAAUACAAUUACCAACACGUUAGAGCUGAACGAUAUGCAAGUUGGAUAUAAUGAUAUUUUGUUGGUGCCUUCUGGUGCUACUAAUGUAGUGGUUGAAGAAGUAGCACCAUCCAAUAAUUAUUUAGCUAUAAGGAAUACAUCUGGCCAUUACUAUCUUAAUGGUAACUGGAGGAUAGACUUUCCAAGAGCUGUGGAUUUUGCUGGAAGUAAAUUCCACUACGAAAGGUAUCCCCAGGGAUUCGCUGCUCCAGAUAAAAUUUACACACUUGGACCAAUAGACGAACCUCUGUUCAUUGUGUUGUUGUAUCAAGACUCAACAGUUCCUGUAAAGUACAAAUACAGUUUACCGACGAAUGUCCAGCCUGGAUCAGAAUCUGAAACCUACGCUUGGACUUUCGAUGAGUUCAGCCCGUGCUCAGCUACUUGCGGGGGAGGAACUCAAUUCAGGAACGUAUCAUGUGCUGGUCGAAAAACCCUGGAACCUGUCGACGAAAAACUCUGCGACGGCUACAGAAAACCGGAUACCUCCAGGAAAUGUAACGAAAUAGCCUGCGAGGCACAAUGGGUGCCUCACCCGUGGGGCAACUGUUCCGUGCCAUGCGGUGAAGAUGGUGGCGUUCAAACUAGGCAGAUUUCCUGUCAGCAGAUCAUAUCCAACGGAUAUCCGACUUUGGUCGAUGACAUUGAAUGUCAAGGACCCAAACCACCGGAGAAACAGAAAUGUAACCAGGGGAAAACUUGUGCCAAAUGGUACACGGAACCAUGGAAACCGUGUGACCAUCUUUGUGGUGAUGGUAGACAAUCCAGGAAGGUCCAAUGUUACAUCAAAGACGAAGAUAACAAAAUACAACUUCUGGAUGAAGCACAGUGUGAAGCAGUCGAACCUAAACCAGACACAGAACAAGACUGUUUUGUGAGGCCUUGUGAAGGAGUUGACUGGAUCACAUCAGAAUGGAGCGGGUGUGACUCAGUUUGCGGUCUAACCAACGAGACCAGGAAGAUUUUCUGUGCUACAGGUGAGGGACAAAUUUAUGCUGAUGAACUGUGUGAUCAAGACAAUAAGCCUGAAACAGUGCGUGAGUGUGAUGGAAACAACAACGCCUCUUGCAAUUAUCUGUGGUAUGCUUCACAGUGGAGUGAGUGUUCUGCAAAGUGUGGUAUUGGAAUACAAACCAGGACAAUAUUUUGCGGGUUAUCUACUAAAGAAGGUGUACAGAAAGUGGAAAACGAAAAAUGCGACCAAUCCAAAGACUUUGAGACUCUUAGAAAUUGUACUGGAACAGAAGACUGCGAUGGUGAAUGGUUUAGUGGUCCUUGGGGAGAAUGUUCAAAACCAUGUGGUGGUGGUGAGAAGUUUAAAAAAGUUGUUUGUAUAAAAGAUGGAAUUGUUGUCGACCAAUCCCAUUGCAAUGCUGAAGAUAUAAUAUUUGGACAAGAAGCAUGCAAUACAGAUCCAUGCACUGAAGACUCAAUUAUACCUGUGGAAGCAAGCAAACCCUUGGAAGAAUCGAAACUUAAAGAAGAAACCACAGAAGCAACUACAGAAAAAGUACAGUCUACUGAAGCAGACACACUGGAACCAGCUGAAUCUACAUUAUCUACUACCAUUAUUGAUAAAGAAUCAGAAGGAACCCAGUCUGAUAUUUCUCCUUCUGAUAUCUCAGAACUAACCAAGAGCGUUGAUCUAUCUACUGAGCCUACUGAAGCUUCUGAAUCCGAUGAAGACUACGAAGUCGUUCCUGCUGAUUCUUGCGAUGACGGUGAAUGGGUAGACGUAGUAGGGGUGGUUAGGGAAGAAGAGGGAGAAACUACAACAGCAACUGAAUCUUCUGAAUUGACCGAAGCAACUGAAUCAACGUCUGAAGCAGGUGAAACGACAUCUGAAGGAAUAGAAACGUCAUAUUCCAUAUAUGAUGUUAUGUUUAGUGAUGGAACAACAGUGGAGGAAACACCGUUCACUGGUUCCGGGGAUGGUUCCAGUCCUGUAACGGACAAAACAGAAGUUACGUCUCCUGGUAGUUCUGUCAUAACUGAAGAAGAGGGUUCUGGAAGUGGAUCUUCUAUUGUCACUGAUGAGGAAAGCUCAACGGUUAUCUUCACUGGUUCCGCACAAGAAAUAUCUGAAACAACAGGAAGAUCAUCAUUAUCAUCAGAACUUGCUACUGGUUCAUCAGACCUAUCAUCAAGCUCAACUGAACUCUCAUCUAGUUCAACUGGUUUAACUGGUUCAACUGAAUCUGUUAGUUCUUCGUCAGAAUCUAGUACAGUUAGCAGUUCAGAGUAUACAACUACUUCUGAUUUAAGUUCCUCAGAACAUACUACUAUAUCUACUGAUGGAUCAUCUACUAGUGAAAGUACAUCAGAACAAUCUACUGAAACAGUCACUACAGAAAGUACACAGUUCACUGACACAACCGGUACAAGUGAGAGUACUUCUGAAGAUACAACUGGAACUACUGAAAGUACCGCAUUCUCUACGGAAAGUAGUACUGAAUUCUCAACAACCACUGAACUAUCUUCAAGUACUGCAGGAUCGACUGGAGCAAGUGGAUCAACAACAGAUGACGUUCGCGAUGAACCUGAAGAUAAAGAUCUACCAGAACCACCACGUAGGGUUGAAUCGCCAACUGAAACAACUGUUAGCUCAGGAACGGAAACAACUGUUACAGAUGUCAGUACAUCAACAGAAACUACCACUGAAUUUACUGGUUCUACCAGUGAAUCAGGCUCUACAGAAUCAUCCACAGAAGGUACCAGUGUUUCUACUGAGUUCUCAACAACUGAAGUUAGUGGCACUACCGAAGUUAGUGGCACUACUGAAGUCAGUGGAAGCACAGAGGUUAGUGGUAGUACAGAAACUAGUACUUCAAGUGAAACUACUGAAACUGCUACCACCGAAUCAACUACUGAGUACACCGGUAGUACUGAAACUGACAUAUUCUCAUCAACUACCGAAACAACAGAGGAAACUCCAUGGCCUACAACUCCUGCCAGGGACAUAUUUAAGAAGAAGAUGAGGAUGUGUAAACGUAAGAAGAUCAUGCUCUGUCAGAAAUCGGAAUACGGUUGUUGCUGGGACAAUAUUCACGAAGCAAAGGGUCCAUUUGAUGAGGGUUGUCCAGCACCAAAGACUUGUAAGGAAUCGACGUUUGGUUGUUGUCCAGAUGGAUUAUCAGCUGCUCUUGGACCUAAAAAUCGUGGAUGUCCUUCCAGUCAUUGCAACGAGACACUGUUCGGGUGUUGCUGGGACAAAAAGACACCUUCCGAAGGCAACAACGAAGAAGGAUGUCCUCCCCGACCUCCGGCGUGCCUGGAAUCGAAAUGGGGCUGUUGUAAAGAUAACGUCACAGAGGCUAAAGGGCCCAAAGGUAAGGGAUGCGAACCAGAGAAGGAAAAAGAGAAAGGAAAAGCUGCCCCUGUCACGAAAGAAUGUUCGAAAACUGAGCACGGGUGUUGUCCUGAUGGAUCAACCGCUACAGGUCCGCAGUAUCAAGGAUGUAAAAUGCCAUGCUCUAAUACAACUUAUGGAUGUUGUCCAGAUAAAGAAUAUCCAGCUCACGGUCCUAAUGGAGAAGGAUGUUGCCUUGGUGGACCGUUCGGUUGUUGUCCCGAUGAUAUUACAGCCGCUAGAGGACCUAAUGGAGAUGGAUGCGAAUGUCAGUAUUCGCCGUAUGGUUGCUGUCCAGAUAACAGAACACCAGCUAAAGGUUAUAACAAGGAAGGUUGUGGAUGUGCGUAUUCCCAAUUCGGAUGUUGUCCAGACCAAGCCACCGAAGCACACGGGCCAAAUUACGAAGGAUGUCCGUGUCAUGCCUUCCAAUUUGGUUGUUGUCCUGAUGGUGUUACAGCUGCUGAUGGACCACAUCAACAAGGUUGCGAUUGUAGAACGACUGAGUUCGGUUGCUGUACUGAUGAGAAGACACCUGCUAGAGGACCUAAUGCUGAAGGAUGUGGUUGUGAAACCACCAAGUUUGGUUGCUGUUUAGACGGAGUGAACGAAGCCAAAGGAGAUAACUUUGAAGGAUGUGAACAAGUUCCGGAAGAUCAACAAAGUAGUUGUUCAUUGCCUAAAGAACGAGGACCUUGCAGAAAUUACACUGUCAAAUGGUUCUUUGACAUGUCCUAUGGUGGAUGUUCUAGAUUCUGGUAUGGUGGUUGUGAAGGCAACGAUAACAGGUUCAGAGGCAAGGAGGAAUGUGAAGCUGUUUGCGUUAAACCUGAAGGAAUAGAUAGAUGUAAACUGCCCAAAGUACAAGGGUCUUGCGAAGGCUACUUUCCUCAAUGGUACUACGACAAAGAAUCGAAACAUUGCACACAGUUUAUUUAUGGUGGAUGUCUUGGAAACAACAACAAAUUCGAAACCAGAGAAGAAUGUGCUGGACUAUGUUCUAAGGAUGAUAGUACUGAUCCUUGUCAACAAAAGGUAGACGCAGGUCCUUGUCGUGGUCAAUACAGACGUUACUACUAUGACUCAUCAUCAGGGCAAUGCCAAGCCUUUGCCUACGGAGGCUGUAGAGGAAACAACAACAAUUUCGUUUCUGUAGAAGCGUGCAAGCAAAAAUGUGCACCUGCUGGUAUACAAAGAGAUUAUUGCACGAAUCCAAAGGAUGAAGGUAACUGCACGUCUAAGGAGGCUAGGUGGUACUACGGUGCAAGGGAAAGGAGGUGUAUACCGUUUUAUUAUAGUGGAUGUAAUGGUAACAAGAAUAACUUCGACAGCAAAGAGACUUGCGAAGAGCAAUGUCCUCAGCAAGUUGCUAAAGAUACUUGCCACCUGCCUGCCGAUAUUGGCGAAUGCGGUAACUACGUUGAAAGGUGGUACUACGACACGAAAUUGCGCAGAUGCCGUCAAUUCUACUACGGAAGCUGCGGAGGCAACGGAAAUAACUUCAUAACAGAAUCAGAAUGUGAACAGUCUUGCUCACGACCUGAAGUACCACCGCAAAUUGACACAAGGUACUAUCCUCAACCGACAGAAGCACCGGAAGUAACAGAACCACCCAGAACUCAACCUCCUUGGCCACAGGUUCAAGUACCUAGUACACAUAGGGCUCUUACUCUUGAAGAAAUUUGUUCGUACCGGCCGGAUACUGGACCCUGUGCCGAAUACAAGACUCAGUACUACUAUGACGGAAAUGAUGGUCUCUGUAAGAACUUCACUUACGGAGGAUGCGGAGGAAACCACAAUAAUUUCGAAAGUGAGGAGCAGUGCUUGCAGUACUGUGGAUCAGUUAGGACUAGGCCAGAACCAGAAGUACCUGCUACGCAAGGCCCCCCACCACAAGUACCACCACCAGUGGACACCCAGUGCUACGAAGAACUGGAUGCAGGAAAUUGUACCGACGCCUAUCCAGCUUUCUACUUUGACAGGAAUAGUCAAAGUUGCGUACCGUUCAAUUAUACAGGGUGCGGAGGAAAUAGGAACAGGUUUUACAGUGCAGCUGAGUGCGAGAGGAGAUGCGGAAGCUACAGAGGCCAAGAUAUAUGCAAUAUUGAUAGCGAUGCUGGUCCAUGCAGAGGAUAUUUUCCUAAGUACUACUAUAAUAUUUACACACGAAAAUGCGAUACCUUUAUUUAUGGAGGUUGUGAAGGAAAUGGAAAUCAAUUUGAAUCGGAAGAUGAAUGUAAACGAUACUGUGAACGGGCUCCAGAACAGCCAGAACCACAACCAGAACCACCUGUACUGAAUAGCACAGAGGUGUGCCAACAGCCUGCAGACCAAGGUAACUGCCCAGAGAGAAACCUGAAACGGUGGUACUUCGACAACAUCCAAGGCGAAUGCAAAGCCUUCAUUUACAGCGGUUGUGGAGGCAACUACAACAACUUCAAAAACUUCCAAACUUGUAUCGACUUUUGUCGAGAAUUCUUACCGCAACCUCCCGAACGCGAACCUGAAGGCUUCUCAACUGAAGAGUGCCAAAGAAAAUUCGAAGAAUGCAACAGCUUGCUGUGCUCUUACGGAGUAGAAGCCUACGUUGACGAACACAACUGUAGAGUCUGCAGAUGCGUAGAUCCUUGCAAAGACGUCUACUGUCCUGAAGGAAGCAGAUGCGGAAUCGACUUGAACACCAAUAAAACAUCAAUAGAUGAUGCUGAAUUCAUUGCAGUUUGUCGAGAAACUAAUAAGACUGGCCAGUGUCCAUAUUCCACGACGUUCGAUACGAAUUGUGGGAAGGAAUGUCAGACUGAUGCUGACUGUUCGUUGCAUCUGAAAUGUUGCCCUACUAACUGUGGUACUUCCUGUGUUGAACCUGAAAGGCCUUUAGAGUUGGUGACGCAAAAUGCACCGGCGUAUACCACGCCAUCUAUAGUAGAAGCUUAUUAUGCUCCGACGGUUGAUGUGAAAGUCUUCCAGCCAGAAGUUAGCGGGUUACUAGGGGACCAAGCUAUACUAAACUGUGCUGUAGUGGGCAAUCCAAAUCCCAGCAUCACGUGGAGUAAAGAUAACGUCAUUAUCGACGGUACUCAACCUAGAUACAGGAUCCGUUUGGACCAGACUCUUCAAAUCAUCACACUGCAUAAAACGGAUUCCGGAGUGUACCUUUGUACUGCGGAUAACAGUAUAGGAGAACCUGUAAGGAACCAAAUUAAGCUGGAAGUACAAGACUCACCCGAAGGCCGUUCAGCCUCCAUUCUUAACCUCAACGACCCAGAGCUCCAAGUGAACAACAUAGUGACCUCGUUCAACUCACCAGCUACUCUGAGUUGUUACGCACUCGGUGCUCCAUUCCCAGCUGUCACCUGGUGGAAAGAGAACGAAUUAAUACCACUGAAAAACCGAGAAUUUGAGGUUACCAAGGAUUAUUCCUUGAUAAUUCAUUCUGUACAGUUAUCUAACUUGGGAGUUUAUACAUGUCAAGCUUAUAACGGUUGGGGCAAGGCUGCGAGUUGGUCGGUGACUGUCAGAGCUAAUGGACCAUAUCAGUCGAAUAAUCCAAAAGAUAUUAAGUAUCUACAAUAUGUAGUAAACCCCGAACAGAUGGUUCACACUACUGAAGCACAGCCAAGAUAUUCUAGUCCUGUAUAUAGACCAACAGCUCGACCUUAUGUUCCUCCUGUGUAUAGUACUGAGCCUGAGGUUGAUCCUAACGAUAUUAUUGCUGGUGUACCGGAGGCUGGUGAGGUACCACCGCCUGAUUCUGUCUAUAUUGUACCAGUGCGUGCCAACAUCACGACCAAUGAGCGCAGGUAUCCCACCGGAAGUACCCUGGAAAUCAACUGUGACGUAUACGGAUACCCCCCACCACAAGUCCAAUGGUACAAAGAUGGCGUCCCUGUACGAACCAACGAAAGAAUAUCUGAAUCAAGUACCCAUACUUUGACUAUUAAUUCAGCUGCCAAAGGCGAUUCAGGAAGAUAUCAAUGUGAAGCUACCAAUAACUAUUCAAGAGCUACGAGUACAAUCGAUAUUUCCAUUGAAGGAAUCUAUAUCCACCCAAGUUGCACUGACAACCAGUUCUUCGCCAACUGCAAGCUGAUCGUGCAAGCUCGGUAUUGCAACCACAAAUACUACGCCAAAUUCUGCUGUAGAUCUUGCACAGAAGACGGACAGUUACCAAUCAGAGACGACCAAUUCUCCAACAGUAAACAAGAAGCUUUAGAAAACAAUACAGUUUAAACAAACUUGCGAGAUUUAAAGGAUUCUGUCUUGGCUUAAACAAAAAGCGAUUUAGGAAAAAAAUCAGACUCUCCAACAAAAUCUUUUAAUUUUUUAGUCUUGUUAAUAAAAAUUAGCCAAGGUAGAUUUACUAGUCUUCAAAAUACUUAAAAUGGGCCAUUAUUACUAUUGCUUUAAUGUAAAAGUGAAAAAUUCAAUGAAGGGUUAAAUAGUAUAUUUUUUUAAUACGUUCACAUUUAAUAUGGUGCACCUAGAGUUUAAAAAAAAACGGGAAUAUUAUACUUUAUAAUAUAUUUAUAUGUGUUAUAAUAUGUAAGAGUGCCAUACAACUGAGUCUAGAGUUUAAAUAACUUUUUAUUUAAGAUUUGUUUGCAAAGAAGAAAUAAUUAAAAAUAAAAUAAUAGUAAAUUUUCUUUUA